AUGGGCCUGCCCAGAACCAACUAUCAGAGUAUAAGAUGCAGGGUAAUCUUUGGAGUCUUUCUUCUGUUUACUUUACAUUUAUUAUUCCUCCUUCUUUUAUACACUUUCCUCUAUUUUUCACUUUCAAUCUUUAACUUAUUUUCUUCACUUUUACUCUUUGUUUUCCUUCACUUUCACUCUUUCUUUUAUUUUCUUCACUUUAACUCUUUCUUUUCUUCACUUUCACUCUUUCUUUUAUUUUAUUUUUUCACGUUCACAUUUUCUUCUAUCUUCACUUUAACUAUUUCAUUUAUUUUCUUCACUUUCAAUUUUUCUUUUCUUUUCUUCACUUUAACUUUUCUUAUCUCCUAUUUUCUUUCACUUUCACUCUUUCUUUUAUUUUCUUUCACUUUCACUCUUUAUUUUAUUUUCUUUCACUUUCAAUCUUUCUUUUAUUUUCCUUCACUUUCACUCUUUCUUUUAUUUUCCUUCACUUUCCUUUUUUUUAUUUUGUAUUCUUACUUUUCAGAUUUUCACUAUUUUCUCCACUUUCACAUUUUAUUCUGUUUCCUUUACUUUCAUUCUUUCUUUUUAUUUUCUUCACAUUCACUCUUCUUCUUUCUGUUUUCUUCACUUUUCCUUGUUCCUCUUUUUUCUUUUCAGUUUUCUUUUAUUUUUCUCAUUCUUCUCAUUCUUCUGUUUUCUUCUCAAAAUAUGUUUUUUUUUGUCUCUUCAUAUCUUUCUUAUCAUCUUUUCUUUUUCAUUUUCUUUCUUUCUAAAUUUGUAUUCUCCCUUUUUUUUUUUUCACCAAACUUGACCUUUUUUUUACUUUUCUUUUUUUCUUUAUCUUCUUUCUAA